AUGGAGCGCUCGCAGAGCCGCCUCAGCCUGUCCGCCUCCUUCGAAGCCUUGGCCAUCUACUUCCCCUGCAUGAACAGCUUCGACGAGGAAGACGCCGAAGAUGGCAGAAAGCUUAAAGGUGCAAUCCAACGGAGCACAGAAACAGGUCUGGCUGUUGAGAUGCCAAGCCGAACCAUCCGACAAGCCAGCCAUGAAUCCAUUGAGGACAGUAUGAACAGCUAUGGAUCUGAAGGAAACUUGAAUUUCAAUGGAGUUCACCUGGCAUCUGCUGGGCAAUUCAGUGACUUCCUGGGAAGCAUGGGUCCGGCACAGUUUGUCGGCCGUCAAACUCUGGCCACUACCUCCAUGGGGGAUGUGGAAAUCGGGUUACAAGAACGAAAUGGACAACUGGAAGUGGAUAUCAUUCAAGCCCGAGGACUGACCCCCAAACCUGGUUCCAAAACCUUGCCAGCUGCUUACAUCAAGGCCUAUCUUCUAGAAAAUGGGGUUUGCAUUGCAAAGAAGAAGACCAAAGUGGCCCGCAAAUCUUUGGACCCCUUGUACAAUCAAGUAUUACUGUUUCCAGAGAGCCCACAAGGCAAAGUACUGCAGGUCAUCGUCUGGGGCAACUACGGACGCAUGGAACGCAAACACUUCAUGGGAGUUGCCCGGGUUCUUUUGGAGGAACUAGAUUUGUCAACUUUGGCAGUGGGCUGGUAUAAGCUUUUCCCAACCUCCUCGAUGGUGGAUCCUGCUACUGCCCCACUCCUGCGCCAGUCCUCACAGCUCUCCUUGGAGAGCACAGUCGGACCCUGCUGCGACAGGUCUUAA